AUGGCGCCUAAAAAAUCAGGAAAGGGCACAAAGCUCCAGUCUGUAGGAGAAGUCGAACCUCAAACAACUGAACUUAUUUUAGAGACAGGUGAAUUGAGAAGAUUCCCGAAAUCAGAGCUAUCUGAGACAGUCGCUAUGAACAGAAUUGUCAGCUCAACCAAAGAAAGAGUUUUAGUAGCAAUAUUAGUAGCGUUUGCUUUGCUUAUCAGAGUUUCUAAUUUGAAUAAUCCAAAUAGUGUUGUUUUCGACGAAGUUCAUUUUGGUGGAUUUGCUAAGAAGUACAUCAAGGGAGAUUUCUUUAUGGAUGUGCAUCCACCUUUGGCAAAACUAUUAUUUGCUGCUGUCGGUGCCCUAGGUGGGUUCAAGGGUGACUUUUCCUUUGAGAAAAUCGGUGAUGUUUUCCCACCUAAUGUUCCCUACGUUUUGAUGAGACAACUCAGUGCUUUCAUGGGUGUUGGUACUGUUCUGUUUAUGUACUUUACCUUAAGAGCUACUGGUUGUAAUUCACUUGUCUCAUUCUUUACUGCCGCAUUGUUGAUUAUCGAAAAUGGACUGGUUACUAUCUCUAGAUACAUUUUAUUGGAUUCCCCUCUUAUUUUCUUUAUUGCUGGUACAGCUUACUUUUACACGAGAUCUGAACUUGAAAAGCCUUUGUCCUUCAAUUGGUUUAAAUACCUAGCCAUUUGCGGUUCUUUCCUUGGUUUUGCUUUAUCAUCCAAGUGGGUUGGUUUAUUUACCUUUGCUUGGUUAGGUUUGGCCAACGUUUUACGCCUGUGGUUUGUUAUUGGUGAUUUGACUGUUCCUGUGAAAAGUAUCGUGAAAAACACCUUGGCAAGAGGAAUAAUUUUAGUUGGUAUUCCAACUAUAAUUUACCUCAUUAGUUUUUAUAUUCAUUUCAUUGUGUUGGACAAGGAAGGUGAAGGUGCUGCCUUCAUGAGCUCUGCAUUCAGAACUGAUUUCAAAGAUACGACGGUUCCAAGAGUGACCACAGCAGACGUUGGUGUGAGCUCAAUCAUUACCUUGAAGCACUUGAAUACUCAUGGUGGUUAUUUGCACUCUCAUGACCAUUUAUACGAAGGUGGCUCAAACCAACAACAAGUUACUCUUUAUCCACAUUUGGAUGAAAAUAACAAGUGGGCUAUUGAAUUGUAUAAUGAAACCUCUGAGCCAUUUGAGUUUAUUCCAAUUACCGAUGGUACUAAGAUUAGACUUAAUCAUAUCGUUACCAAUAGAAGAUUACACUCGCAUGACAUCAGACCUGCAGUUUCUGAGAUUGAAUGGCAGAACGAAGCGUCAUGUUAUGGUUUCGAAGGCUUCGAAGGUGAUCCAAACGAUGAUUUUAUUGUUGAAAUCGUAAAAGAUUUAUCUGUUCCAGGUGAAGCUCAAAAGAGAUUGAGAGCUAUCGAUACCGUUUUCAGAUUGAGACAUGCGAUGACAGGUUGUUACCUUUGGUCCCAUGAAACCAAACUUCCUAAGUGGGGGUUUGAACAACAGGAAGUCACCUGUGCCACUCAAGGCAUCAAACCUUUGAGUUACUGGUACAUUGAAGACAACGUUAAUAUUUAUCUACCACCAGAUGCAGAAAAGGUUGGAUAUAGACCUCUGUCUUUUUUCCAAAAGUUUAUUGAAUUGCAUAAGAAAAUGUGGCACGUUAAUAACGGUUUAACUGCUACACAUUAUUACGAAUCUAGACCACUGGAUUGGUUACUCUUAAACAGAGGUAUUUCUUACUGGUCUGCAGCGCCACACCAUAUUUAUCUUUUAGGCAACCCUGUUGUAUGGUGGCCAGCAUCAUUCUUAUUCCUUGGAUUUGCUACCUACUUACUUGUUUUAAUUUUCCAAUAUCAGUUGGGUUAUGAAAUCAAGGUAUCAGACACGACCUUCAACUUCACCUACAAUGUUUUCUCCUUCCUUUUAGGUUGGGGCCUGCAUUUGGCACCAUUUUUCUUAAUGGACAGACAAUUGUUUUUACAUCAUUACUUCCCAGCCCUAUACUUUGCCAUUUUAGCCCUUGGUCAUUGUUUCCAAUUGUUAUAUGUUUCCCUCAAAAACAAGAAAGUAUUGGUGUAUGUUCUCUUUGGUUUAAUGUUCAGCGCAUCCCUCUAUUCAUACUUUGCAAGAUUUCCUAUUACAAACGGUUCUGACUGGACUGUGGAAAAGUGUGAGCAAAGUAAAUGGUUGAAGAGCUGGGAUUACGACUGCUCAAACUUCCCAUCUUCCAAAGCUGAUACCAACGCACCGGUGAAGGCAGGUCAAGGAAACAUUGACUUCAACUCCGCAAUGAAACCUGAAGAAGUUGAACCAAUCGUCGAAAAAGUCGUUGCUAAUGAAACUCCUGUAAAGGAUGAGCUGUAA